AGCGGAUAGGUACGCCUUUCCUCACGGUAUUCGAAAGCUGAGGGAGCCAUCAGAAGAGGGAGGGCGAGGAAAUACUCAAAAAAAGCUAGUAGUCGAACCGCACUCGCUGGCGGACGGCGAAGGCAGCCCGAGUAGCCCAGCAAGUAGAUUCGCGGAACGCGGCACGGCCAUAAAUCGACACACAUACAUUUUUAAAGUUAUCGGGAACCACAAAAGAAAACAACAGAGAUCAGCGUCAGCAGCUGCGCAUAUCUUCUCUCGCUGCAUAGGCCCUCCCCCCUCCCAACCAGCUUACACACACACACACGCACACCCACCCGCUCACACACAUGAACAGCGUCACGCAGUGGUGCACCAGCACCGCGGCCGGGGUGUGGAACAAAACCCGCAGCACCGUCCAGCUCGUCUACCACGUCGGUGAUCAGCUGCGGCUGGUUUACAACACCGCGAACAGCCGCGAGGAGCGGAAGCGCGACCUUGACGCUACCGUGCUGCGUGUCGGUGGCUUUGUCGGAACUGCCGUGCUGCUGAUUAUCGUAGAUGCACACGGGGGUGUGCCCAACACGCUGCGGCGGCUGCGUGCGUUGCUGACGCCGGAGGAGUCGUCAGAAGCCCCUGUAGCCGUCGCGGGAAAUUCAUGA